AUGGCUCUGGCCAAUUUGACGGCACGCACCGCUCUAGCAGUCGAAGACGCUCUGCUCCUCGCCGCAGCGGACAACGGCAGCGUCAACUCCUCCAUCAUCUCGAACGCGACCCUCGCCGUUCCCCACUACCCCAGCGGCUACACGCUUCCCCAAAUCGUGGUAGCCUCCAUCGUCGUAACCAUCCUCAUGAUCGUGGUGGUCGUGGGUAAUAUGCUAGUAAUCAUCGCAAUCACGACAGAAAAAGCUCUAAAAAACAUCCAGAACUGGUUUAUUGCAUCUUUAGCGGUCGCGGACUUCUUCCUAGGGCUGAUAAUAAUGCCCUUUUCCCUAGCCAACGAACUGAUGGGCUAUUGGAUUUUCGGUGCGUGGUGGUGCGAUGUGCAUUCGGCCAUGGACGUGCUGCUGAGCACGGCGUCGAUCAUGAACUUGUGCCUGAUCUCGCUGGAUCGGUACUGGAGUAUCACGCAGGCGGUCGAGUACCUGAAGAAGCGCACGCCGAUGCGGGCGGUACUGAUGAUAGGGGCAGUUUGGGUGUUGUCGGCGCUGAUCUGCAUCCCGCCGCUGUUGGGGUGGAAGGUGGAAAGACCGGCGGAAGAGCAGUACCCCAAGUGCCAGAUUCCGUUGGGGUUUGCGGUACUUGAAGACGCUGAAUUUAAAGAUGCUGAAUUUAAAUUGAAAUUAAAUGAACCUAUAAUAGGUGCAAAAACAUUAGUAUUAUUAUUAGACUUUGUAGCAGUUUCAUAG